GGUCCAAUAGGUAGAAGUAAUUACGGUUUCACAUCUCAGUACCAUACUAAUAUCUUACCAUGCACUGGACUAUCCUAUUGUAUUUCCUUAUUUCCGUUGCCCACAGAGCAACAUUGCUCAGCUGUAACCAUUGCCAGGAUUAUACCGGGUGGGAUGCGUGCGAUCGGAAAAAUCAAGUCGCCCAGUGCGGCUACUUGUUGACCAACGAUAUUCAUCGAAACUUGUACAACAUGAAUCCAUCGCUUCCGUUGGAACCGCCGUAUGGGAACAUGAACUGGCAGUGCUACGAGUUGGAGAUCCGAUUUACAUUCCCCAAUGAAUCGUUGGAUACAAUGUACGAGCGGGGCUGUACCUACCGCGAGGCAGAUAUUUGUACUGGAUGGGACAUGGUUGCUCUUGUACAUGUGAACUGUAGUAGUUCAACCUCUGGAGUCCCGGACGUGAAUGAUGGUGGAGUCGACGAAGGAAGUGGCACAGAAGAUGUGAUAGGGGGCUCUGGAAGAGUUGAGCAGGGCAUUCAUGGAUGGGUUCUAGCAAUGUUUAGUAUCAUUUUCAUGGUGGUUCAAAUCUAUGGAGUUUAGAUUUGCAUGCAUGUUAAACGAUAUGAAAGAACAGUCUAAGAAAUCUUUUUGUAAUUUUAAAAUAGAAUAUGAGAAUGUAAGUAAGUUCAGUGAAAAACAAUUAAGUUUAGUAUGACUGAAUUCUUCAAUAUCUCAAGAAUCCGAAAUAUAAAAUGUAAAAUGUA